AUGAUGAUGAGGCAACUCGUUGUAGCAAAGUGCCUUUCUUGGUCCACUAGGAUCAAGGUAGCUGUUGAUACUGCAAGAGGCCUUUCUUUCUUGCAUGAUGCUAAAAACAAAGUGAUAAAUCGAAAUUUGAAGUCUUCUAACAUUCUUUUGGAUGAGGAUUUUAAUGCCAAGUUGUCUGACUUCAUUCUCGCUAAAGAUGGACCACCUGAUGAUAAGACUCAUGUGUCCACUCAAGUUAUAGGUACAUAUGGCUACGCUGCACCGGCAUACAUUUCUACAGAAUUCCUAUCUGGCUGUCAGGCUUUUGAAAUAUCUACCGAUGAAGAUCAUCUCCUAGUGGAUUGGGCAAGAUCACAUUUGUCUAAGAAGAAGAAGAAAAAAGUGUAUCGAGUAGUGGACCCCAAAUUGGAAGGCCAGUACCCUCUGGAAGGAGCAGUUAUUGUUUCAAAUCUUGCUUUGCAGGGCGUAAGUGAUAAUCCCAGAAGCAGGCCGCGUAUGGCAGAGGUUUUAGCCGCAUUGGAAUGA